AUGGCCUUGGGCUUCGGUGCAGGCACGGCCUUUGCCAUGGAGGAGCGGGAUUCUAACCAGACCAAGAGUAGCUUGGAAGUAGACUCUUCAGUGACACAGCGGCAGCUGCUACGGUUGGCAUGGAGUGUUGGCCAGACCCUGCCCGCGAGUCCGGCUCAAUGUGCAAGUCAGGAGCAAGACUUUUCAACUGCUCGAGAUAUCUCAAAGCCCACAGCGAAGGACCAAGUCCCAACGAUUCCACUGCUGGAAGUCAAGGCGCUUCCCCACUGGCCCAUGUGGUUUCCCUUUUGUGAGUCCAACAAAGUCCUGCGUCGACUUUCACCUUCAUGUUCCUCGGAGGGCACCGAUGGGGACCGGCCGCCGGAAGGCUUCGUGAUUAAUUGCACACUGAAGGUGCUUUUCCUACGCAUCGACUUUAUCCUCUUUGUUGACAUCGCAGACAAGCUCCACACUUCUGAGGAGUGCUUGGAGAUUUUGAUGCGAUCUCCACCCCCAGGCAGGGACCGCGUUCUGGGCGGGAAUUACAUGUCAGCUGAGUGGAGUAGCGAACGUAGCUCCGCUUACCGCGAGACUCUUUGCGAGCAAAAGCAGCUGCGCCCGUUGGUGUGGGCGUGUUCGCAAUUGGGGGCUGUUCUGGGAAACGGUCCUGUUUGGAUCGUUCGCGGUUCGCGGGUGCGUUUCGCUCCGCUGAACGGGGUCACGCUGUUGGAGGCGAUCAACGCGGGCCGGGUGCCGACGCCAGGGGAGUUGUCGUUCCCGCAGUGGCAGGCCUGGCGGCGAGACGAGGGACGUCGUCCUACAGUCGCGAGGGAUGGAAGAGGCAUCCGGACGCGAGACGAAGUGGCCCUUUGGAGAGAGGUCAUGGCCGCCCUCUAUGGAGAAGGGAGGGCCGACGAGUUGGCUUCGGAGGAUGAAGGGGAGCAGGCGCUGGCUAUCAGAGGUUUGUCUCCCUCUGGGCCGUACUCUCCGGAAUCCGCUCCUGGAUCGGUCGAAGAGGGCCGGGGGGCCAGUCCUCGUCCUUCCUCUGCAGGAUCAGGCGGAGGUGCCAGCGUGGUGAGCCUCAGGGGCAAAUUGGAUGCGCUCUACGACCCUACAGCUGAGGACUUUGGUGCGUAUCUCAUGAGGAUGGGGAGAGUGAUUAAUGCGCUAAACAGUCUUGACGCUCAGAUCCCAGCGGGUAUGUUGGAAAAGGUCACCAGAAAGGCGGAACUGGUGAUUGAGUUGUACGCAGAAUUUGGAGAGCUGAGCCGAGGCAAUGGGGUGAAGUUCUUAAGGGACAAGUUCGUAGCAACCGUUCAAGACGAGAAGCUCGACGCAACGGAAAGAGAACUCUCAGUCCAAGCCAUCGGCGAGAUCAUUGAAAGGCUCGGAGGACGGUUGAGCAGUAGCCCUGAUAAGCUCUUCAGCACACCUUCGGAUGAUCAGAAAGGUGCUGGAGCGGGCCAAAAGGGGACGGGCUCUGCUCCGUCAGCAAAGGCGAGAGUGCCAGAGCGAUCAAAAGGAAACGGAGGUUCGCCGAUGCAGGCCAGAUUGGCGGCCUUGGAAAUGGAAUUGGAAGCCUUAAGACAAGAAAAGGCAGGGUCUGACGCAGCCUCAAUGGCGAGCGGGCAGGAACAGACCCUGGCCGCGGCGCUUGAGGAACAAACCAAGGUUCUCAAGGAAGCGCUCGCGGGCCGAGGGAAGGACACGUCAAUCACUUCGGUGAAAACUGACUUGCAUUGGCCCACCUUGGGAGAUGAAAGAGCUGACUCCCGGGACGUGUCUCAGUUUUACGAGGAAUUUGAAGAUGUCUGUGGUCUGGCAAACUCUUGCCGCGGCAUGGGCCAUAGAGAGAUGCUUCUGGCGUUAAGGGCUCGUUGCCGCGGUUCACGCCUCAAGACAUAUCAGAAUAUGUACAAGGCGGCAUGGAAGGCCGGUGAGGUUCUCAGCGACCCAGGCUCGGUCUAUGAAAAGAUCAAGGCCAAACAUCUGAUGUUCAGUGAGAGCCGGGAAGAGCGUGAGAUCAGAAUUGAUGCUGAGCACGCGGCGCUGAUGAAGGGUCGCCUCACGGGGCAUCAGUUCGAGCCUGUCUUUGAAGCGUCAGUUGCGGAGCUUGAGGCUGUCGGGAUCUGGGGCGAGGAAGAUCGAAUGCGCGGCGCACAGACAUGGGAAGAGGCGCACAGGGUGGUCCUUGAGAUUGAGCAACGUGAAGCCACCAAUCGCGCCACCGCCAAUGCCGUGUAUGCGGCCGCUCCAAGCGCAAGCGCUCAGAACCCAGAUCCUCGGCCGAACGCUAAUCCUCAGGGCCAGGGUCCCAAACCAAAGGCGAAGGCAAAGCCCACCCCGGUUGGAGUCACCGCGGGGGAUCCUCGGAAGGAAAGGCUCUGUUGGGAUUUUCGGGACCACGGAUCUUGCAGAAAGGGCCGAGAAUGUCCUUUCUCGCACGAUAAGGAGCUGCGCAAGAAGGCGUUGGAACAGAAAGGCAAAGGUAAGGGCAGUCAGGAUGCGUAUCCGGCAAAAGGAUUAGCGAAUCCUUUCGCAGCUUUCACUGUAGUGACAUGCGGGCCAAACGACCCUGCGCCAAAGCCUGCGGUCGCUGCUGCCGUUCUCGCGGCAGCGACGCGGCCGGAGCAAAAUCCCAAGUCCAAAGCUGAUGUGUUCACUAGCCUUGACCAAUUGCCGAAGGAUUGGUGGAAGGUUGUGGAGAAUGAACGAGGUGGAUAUCAGUAUAAGACUGUUACCAAGGUGUUGGAUAAAAUGGUAGAGACGCUGCUGGACGGAGGGGCUGGAUCCAACCAUGUCACUGAAGAGUUGGUUGUCAGCAUCCUCAAUAGAGCGGCGGCGCUUGGAUUGAAACCAGGCGACAAGGGAUUCCCGAUCGUCCAGUUUGAGCAAUGGGUCUAUCCGGAGUUCGUCCAUGGAAUUGCGAGCGGCUCUCCAGUCCCUCUCAAGGGGUCUGUGGUGCUGAAGGUACGGUUGCAAGAAGGCCCUGAUACAGAUCGGUGCGUGGACGGUCAUGAACUCUACGUCCGUUGCAAGAUCGCUGCCAAGGGAACCAGCGAUUGGCACGGGUUGAUUCUCGGCGGGCGCGCCCUCGACUGCGAGGCGCGUCGCGGGCUCGGUUUCAGGCCUGGACCACAGGCGCAUAUCUUGGACACCCUGGGCGUCCAGAUCCCGAGGUGUGAAGACGCGUCGUCCGAAAGGAAGGAUCGGGCUUACGUUUUUCGCUCAGUAGUAUCAGGCGUAGAAGCCGGUGCCGAGGAUUUUUGUGAACCAUGUACCGGCAGGAAGGCGGCGGUCGUCUUUUCAGGUGAGGAAUCAGUGCAACUGCUGCCUGGGGAAGGUGCCCUUGUGCCGGUUCAAGUUCAAGGAGAAUGGAUUUCGGAAGCUUCAGAGUGCGAGGCGGUUUUACCGAUUGAAGGAAAGAUCGAAGUUGUUGGUUUGUGGAACACUGGCAGCCGAGAAGGCAUGGUGCUGGUGACCCCGCGACACGACGAAGCCGUGUUAGAAAAGGGGGACCCAGUGGCUGAGUUGAGGAGCGGCUUGGCCGCGUCCACUCUUUGUGGAUGCGGGGCUGUCGACACCGUAUUUCAAUCAGCGGGUCCGCCGUCGAAAGCGAGAUGCAAAGACUGCGGAGGACCCGGGAUGGAGGUGGAAAAUCGGAAAUGCUACGCAUGCGGAGUCGAAAGGACGAAAGAAGUUCACCGCCUGCAGGGCUGCCGUUGCGGCCGAAGGCCCCGAGAACGUGCUUCUCAAGGAAGCAAGGCUCGAGGCUAUGGGCUCCUGGCUACUAUGGUGGGAUUGGUUUCGCUCGCUACAGGAGCACCAAACAACUUUGCUUACGUGGCUCGUGAUGGCCGCGAAGAGAAGUCGGAUCACUGGGCGACUUUCCCUGGUGGAUGGGUGCGAGUUCACGAAAGGCCUCGUGAGGAGCUUUUCCAGAUUUCAAGCACUGAUUUUCCAGGUGAGGUCACAGCGGUCGGGCAGCGACGCGUGACUGUCGGUCAGUUUCUGACCGGGGAACCACUAAAAUGGGAAGAUACGAGAUCGAGUGAUCCCUGGGUUUUCAAAGGGCGCCAGUGGGUCGGGGAGACUCGUUUCUUCGACAAGUCUUUCAGAGGGGACGAGACUCCCUGGAGAUCGACUAUCACUGAGCCCGUCUGCCACAUAGUCGAGGUGCCGGGAGGAAUCGAGAAAAUGGCUGAGGCCACUCCAACGGACUUCUAUUAUGGAGAAUUGCGGAAAUCACUGAGCAGGCGGUAUCCGGAGGCGAACCGCUUUCUCCUUGACCACUUGGUUUCUUUAGAAGCCUUUUUAGACAAAAGCAUCAUCUUUGGUUUCAGUUACGGCGUGGCCAAGGCAGAGCUCUGCAGCACGGGCGGCAGGUUGCUUGGCCAUUUGGUGGGCAGGCACGGGACUGCUCCAGAUCCGGAGCGGUCCCAGGCUGUCAGAGACUUCGCGCCGUUGAAGGAGAAGCUCCACAUCCAACAAUUUUUGGGAUGUACUAACUGGCUGCGGACGUAUCUGCCGGCAGAAUUUGGGCACUGCGCCGUGCUCUCCAAGUAUCAGAAACCUGGAGCGCCAUUUCCGGAGGGUGGUCUGGGCAGCGCCGAUACAGAAGGGUGCCGCGCUGUCAAGGCCAUCAAGCAGAUGAUGUCCAAGGCAAUUGAACUGUCGAUUUUCGACGAAGCUGGGGCCAUUGCUGGUCUUUGCCCUUUGGAGCAGAUCGCCGACGCGUCUGGGAUCGCGGUCGGGGGGACAGUCCUUCAGAUGACGCGCGAUUUGAGCAGAAUGAAAAUCUUGCUUACGCAUUCGCGGAGCCUUACGGCGCCCCAGCAGGCUUGGCCGCCCUUGGUGCAGGAAGCUUACGCCCAACUGGAAGUCAAAAGGGCGACCCGCAAAACGUUCGGCUCAGUUAGGACACUGUGCUGGACAGAUCACGCCAAUCUCACGCGUUCUCAGCACAUCGAGAUAGGCUCGGAUGUGAAGCUCGUGAGGUGGGUGGCUGAGAUCCUGGCGGAUGGGUCUGAGAUCCGAUCCUUGAGCGGGAGAAGUGCCAAGUUAGGGGACGGAUUCUCGAGAAACCCUAAGGAUCGGGAUGAAUUGCUUCAAGGAAGGACGCGGGACCUGCAAGGGCUUUCUGGUCAUCUCAGGGGAUUCAAUCUGGAAGAGUAUUUGGGAGGAGGCACGGAAGAUCCAACGGUUCCAGUGGCUUGGGCUGUAGGCGAUGAUGUGUUGCCGGCCAAUGGCCCUUCUGAUGGCGAGAACUCCGCAGCGGUGGUCAGCGGCGGUGUUUCCGGUUCGGAGCACCGCGCGACUAUAGCCGGGGUUGCCGAGGGGUCGUUGGGAAACCACUUGAAGGUUCUUUUCGUGGCCGACUACGCCAAUCAGAGUGAUAAUGUCCUCCAGAUCAGUCAGGUCCAGGAAGGGAUCUCUCGGUCCAUGCCUGGCUGGAAGGUUUCAACCCAUGCAGUCUACGGGGCAUUUGAAGAUGAUGACGGCAACGGGUCUCACUUAGACGGUGCUACUGCGGCGCUGAAAGGUGAGCGUCAGGUGAAGCGCGCUCGUGUCGACAUGCUGACCUCAUGCGCGACCGUGCUUCGAAGUAUUGGUUAUCAUCUGCCGGAUUUUGUGGUUGGCAUGGGGCAAGGAGGCCUCAUUGUGGGCUUACUGCGAUUCCCUCUCAUGGUCGAGGUGACUCUGCAGGCAAGAAAUCUGCAACGGGAGGAGAUCAAGAAAGUAGUGUCCGGUUGGGCAGGUCUGAAGUCUGUCACUGUGUGGUCAGUGAACCCGCGAAUGUGGAAGGUGAAGCCUAGCCCGGAGUUGCUGGCCAGCUCCUGCCCAGAAGUCAAACGAGAAUUCCCUAUGCCGCUGGUGCGCGGGUAUGGAAUCGUCACGAGGAUUCCGAAGGAGGAAGAAGUCAGGCAAGUGGCCGAGAUUCUUCAGCUUGGCUUGAUCAAGGGCCUGGCAGAGCCUCCUCUAGCUAGUCUGGCCCGUGAACCUGGCCGCGAAGUAUGGGAACACGAAGGGCGUUGUGCUUGUGGAAAGCGAGCGUACGUCUUCAGCCGGUGCGUCACUUGCAUCGAAAAGGAAGCCGCAGAGGAAUUUGCUGCUGCUGCUGAAGAGAGGGAAAAUCCUACAGAGGAGAAAGAAGCCGAAGAAGAGCUGGUUGCGGAGGAUCUUCUGGCGAUCGCCUCCGCUCCAUGCUCUAGUGAUGAGCUGAGAAGUUGUAUUGUCCAUGUCAGUUUAAUCCGGAAAUGGGCGGCCGGGUGGUUUGCGUCCAACGGUUCCGAAGGCUUCGUCGAGCUUCCUCGCGGACUAGGAGUAGUCGCGGGAAAGAAGUGGAAUGCGGGGCAGGAGUUCACCUUGCCAGUUCUCCCCGCUGAACGAAAGGCGUGCCAGUAUGGGAUCACGUGGUGUGUGAACCCGGACGCUUCCGUCACAACGGUUCAUAAUUGCGCUGAGAUCGGCCGUUUGGAAUCAAUUUCUCCUGCGUGGGAGCUCCACGAAGUCAAUUGGCACAAUCAUCUCAAGCUUGUCUUUGGCGUUUGUACGCGGCUGUGGGGAGCGGCGACGCCAAAGUUGGAUUGGAAGGAUGACUUCCAACGGUUGAUAUCAUUGCUCGGGGCGCCAACGGGAGUGGCCAAGUGGGACGAUGGGAACGGGACGGAUUCCAUCGGUCACCGAAGAGAUUUGGCCGGAAAAAGGGUGCUUGUGGCGUUCCAGCUACAAACUGGGGGCGGAUAUUGGCUUCCAAUUACCUUGGGACGCAAAAUCAAGGUCAAUGAGUCAGGUCCAAAACCUACUAUCGCGUUCCUUGGAAGGUCUUGGAAUUGGAGGCUGAUUCUUCAUAUGAGGUCCAAGUUCUGGAUCCUCCCUCAGUGGGUUGGUGCGGAGGACGUGCAAGUCGGUGCUCUGGGAGAGCAAGAAGUGAUCCCGUCCAGGGAGGAACUAGCCCUAGAAGCAAGGGUCGGGGCGGGAAUCGCAGAAUUCGAAGUGACCGGUUCGCUUCGAAGCCUAUGGUAUGAUGCGCAGAAGAAGGACGCGUCUCUGGCAGGUCACUUUCGACGGCCAGGGGACCCGUUCCGAGUCGCGUCGGACGGACUUCUGGAAAGGUCUGUCAUCUUGGAAACAGGAGAGAAGGUUACUGCGCAGGCGUCUAGAUGCCUGGCGGACGCGUGUUGGCAGGAAGUCUCGGUCGAUUGUGAAGGACCGAACAGGGAAGAUCGGUGGGGUUUCAGGUACACCCUCACCUAUUUGGAUUGCCUGUCUCACGCGGUGCAGAUUGAACCGUUGCGGUCUCUCACGCACGCGGAGGUCAGGAGGGCCUUCGCUCGCUGCAUUUUUCGGGCGCGAACGGUCCCGACGUUGGUUCGUAGCGACAGGGGGCCCGAAUUUAAGAAUGCAAUGAUGGCAGAAUUCUGCGCUCUUAUGGGUCUUGGUUCCAAGCAGAAGUUUGCUAUGAGCAUGCGACCCUGCGAAACGGGCUCCAAUGAACGCAUGCAUCAGGAGGUGCAGAAGACGCUCCACAUCAUCAUUAAGGAGGUGGUGCGAGGGGAGACAGACGAAUGGUCGGAGCUUCUCCCUCUUGUGGAGUACAUUCUGGAUAACAGUCCGGGGGCGCAUGGUUAUACGCCCAGGGACCUUGAAAGAUCAUGGUCUCUCAGUUUGGAUUUGGAAAAGGACCUUAUCCGUGAAAGUCUGCAGUUUGAACCAGUGAGCGAAUGGGCAAGGAAACAAUUUGAGACUUUUGCCAAGUUGAGUACGAAGAUCAAAAGGCACUGGGAAAACGCCUCAGCUGCCAGAGCCAAGCUCGCCAACCGUUACCGGAGAAGCCUUGAUCUUCACAUUGGCGACCGUGUGGUUUGGCAAUCACCCCUGGCACGGCCAGAGGGGGCGGGGCGAGUCCCUUGGAAAAGAGGUCUGACCGGGCCAUGGGAGAUCACGGAAGUUAGGGGAAAUCGCCUUGUUCUCCGCUCCGUUCAAGAUCCCUCGCACCGUUCAGUCGAAGCCCAUGCAGAAGAUUGUGUUUUGGUUCCUGCCGAUGUGGACGCGGAGGGUCCUAAUCCCCAAGCUGAAGUUUUGUUGGAUGACGGCCCGCCUGACGAAGCGCCGUCCUUAGGGCAACGUCUGAAGGGCGAAGGCGAACCAAGGGAAUUUGUCAUGCAGCGCCGUGGCCGAGAAUUUGUGCUCAGAAUUGGUGACGUGGUGGCUUACACGAAGGGGCACAAGGUUUGCCAUUUUGGCCGAGUGACGCAAGUUUCAGUUGAUGAGGGCAUGAUUGGGGUUCACAAGUACCGCCCUGCUGGCUACCGCCUUUUCGAAGAGCGGGUAGCUUCCUUGGUUCAAGAGCCGGGGACUGACCAGUGGAAUCAGCUGGGUGUGCUCCUGGCCGAGCUGUUUGAGGCUGAGGGUGUUCCGGUUCCUAUGUUCCCAAUUUUGGACCAAGAAGCUUCACGAUUGAUGGACUGGCUCGAGAGUCACAAAGCUCGCAAGGUCGCGUUUUUAGAAAUUCAUGUUGACCGCAAAGGACUCUCUGCGGCUGCGCGUCGAGCAGGGUUCUUGGCGGCGCCGCCUUUGGGUCAGAAUUGCUUUUCUUACGGGCGCCGAUGGGAUUUGGCCAGAGAAGAAGAUCGCUGCCUUGUCGACCUCUUGAUUCAGUGGCUUGAGCCUGGAGUUGUCCAUGUGGGAUUGCCUUCUGGACUUCACGAUCGGUCGGGACAGGGGCGUUUCUUAGAUUCAGAUCAGGCCAUACUGCGCCAUGCUGUCUCUGUGUUGAAGGAGCAGGAAAGGAAAGGUCGUUUUGGGUCGCUGGGAGGUCCUGUCGGGAGCGCUAUCUUCCGCAGAAAGGAGCUCGUGGAGCUUUGCGGGAGCCUCUCAGAGCCAAGACGCCCAUGGUCGGGAAUUCGGACCGACGCGUACCAGUAUGGUUGGGUAGCGGAAGACGGAGAAUUAUGGUUGUCAAACAUGGACCUUUCGUCGUGCAGCCUGCGUUGCCGUCGACCGGAUUCUCUGGCCCCGACUGUGCAUCCGCACCGAGCAACCCGGGGUUCUUCUGAGGUCCGCUCUGAUGAUAGGAAGGAGCACUGGGCAGGCGCGGGGGACAAGGAAGCUGUUCGCCCGAGCGGUUUUUGUGAUGCUUAUUGGAGUUCUGCCGAAGUGGCAUUAAAGGGUGCCCUAGCAGCCUCAGCGAAGACAGGCCUAGUGUUCGCUUCCUCUAGCGGAUCGAGUCAAGGUUUUCCUGAUUCGGUCGCGGAGAAGCGGGCGGAUGGUAGCCUGGUCGAUGUCCAGAUCCCAGAUCCCGAUGUGAACGUCAGCAGUGAGCUGACGGCCAGUGAAAGAGAGGCAAUCGAGAAGGAGUUAGUCGACCUUUCGGCCCGCAUGGCUCAGUUGUGGGACGGUCGAGCAAAGGCGGAGCAAUGGGACGAGGUCAAGUCUGACCUGUCGGUCUAUCGGCUGAGUGGGGAAAAGGUCGACAAGGAUCCUCGUAGGGAGGAGUCCUACAGGAAAGCAGUCGUUGAAGGACUAGGAUUUGGAGAAAAUGUCCUCUCGAAACAUCCCGACUUCAACGCCGAUGAUAUCGCAGCUUGCAGGGAAGUCUUGCUACGGAAAGCCGCUGGGUUUUGGUUGGAAGGUAGCCCUCGCACUACUGUGCGUGGUGUUGCCCAUGAUUGCGUUCCAACAGGACCCCCCGUGAGUCUUCAACCGCAUUCGCUCAAGGGAGAGAGUGCUGCGUGGGUCGACGAGCGGCUUGAAGAAGAAGUUCAGCGGGGACAGCUGAUCCGAGGGGCGAGUCCUUGGGGAUCGCCUCCUUUUCCUACUAAGGAAGCACCCGCUCACAAGAAGUCCCGCAAGCGGCGGCUGGUGGUUGAUUACCGGAAGGUUAAUGCGAGAGUCAAAAGAUCCACGUACUACUGCAGAAAGGCUACGGAUGUUUUGGCUCAGUGCAGCGGCUCUAUAUUCUUCUCUUUUGUGGACGCGGUGACCGGUUUCAACCAAAUAGAGAACACUCGAAGGGCCAUGGAAGUCCUGGCCAUCGUGGCCCGGUCAGGCAAGUUUCUGCCCGUGUGCCUGACGUUCGGACCCAUCAAUGGGCCGGAUGAUUUCUGCUACGUUGUGGACAGGGCUUAUGAGCCAGGUAGGGUUGUUGACGGAGUUAUGAUGUCUGAUGAAGAACACGAUGCCGAAAUCAAGGAAGCCAUGAAGCGAACGCCAGUCGUGGUCGGCCAGCCGGCCCCAGAAGCCUUGGAAGCUCUAGGUGUGAGGCCGGACGGGCUGAGUGCUUUUGCGGCUAGAAGCGCGAGCAAGGACAUAAGGACCUUUGCUAGCUUCGCGGGACGGGUCUGCGUUUCGCGACCUGUCCGCGUGCUUCGGACUAUGGGCGGCGGGGGAGGCCGCCGCAACAAAGGCUGGGGAAAGCAGAAGGGAAAGCAAGCCCAGAGAGAUCCCCGCCACAACUGGGACGACUUGGAGUUCCUCAUGGUCAAGGCCCUUAGGCACGGGAGCUGCCGAUCGAAGUACGGCGUCCACAAGUUGCGAGGGAAACUCCAGCAGGAUGGCUGGGUGGAAGUCCGUGAAGUCGCAAGGGCUUUCGAAGUCCAAGAAAAGGAUAUCGUCGACCUAGUGGCCUGGGUGGAAAGCGAUGGUCGGAAGAAACGGCGGGCAGAGCUGAGCAGAGAUGGGAAGUUCAUCCGCGCCGGCCAGGGGCAUUCCGCUGACAGCGGGCUUACCCGCGAAGACUUCAAUGACGAUCAGGAUCUGCCGUUUGAUGACGACACCGUUCUCGUUCAUGGAACGUUCCGGGAUCGGGUAGUCUUGAUCGGCUAUGAUGGCCUGAAAGCAGGCGGAGGUGGAGACAUGACGGUCAACAGGCUGUUCUGUCAUUGGGCGGCAAAUGCAAUUGGCAAGGAAGGGCAAAAGUCAGGGGUCAGGAGCGGCACAGACGUCGCUGCCAUAACCACAGUGGGAACGUUACGAGCGCACCGAAUCGGAAUGCGACUCGGUGGUGACAAUGUCGUCCUGACCGAUGAUGUGCCAAAGCAGUGUAUCCUCCGCAUUAGUGUCUUUGACAGUGCGCUAGGAAAAGAGGGCGAGGUUCUCUGGACGCGAGACCGUGGGUUCACGCCUGCAGAGCUGCCCACAAGUGACUCUGAAUCGAGUUUGUCGAUCAGGGUCAUACGUGGUCCCGCGCAGAGCGCUCCAGUGGCUGGAGAAGGGGCCGCGUCGUCAUCUGCUUGUGAAGUGAAGCAGGAGACUGGUGAAGUAAAGCAAGAGACCUCGACGGCGGUGAAGGAAGAAGAGUCUGCUUCCUCAGGAGGGGAGGAGUCCACUUCAUCGUCCAGCAGUAGCACUGAUGAGGAGAUUACUGUGGAAGAAGAGCCCCCUGCCAGUGCAAAGAAGGAAGUCGCCUCUCCGGAAAGUGGCGCAAAAAAGGAGGCCGCCUCAAGCACUAGCUCUAUGGAAGAAAUCGAAGUCGAAGAAGAGCCAUCGCGGGCCGGGUCGGCGUUUUCGCGACCUGGCCGCGAGGAGGACCUGCCGCGGGCCGGGUCUGCGUUUCCGCGAUCUGGCCGCGGAAUCCUCCCGGAGAACAAGGAUGAGACACCCGCGAAUAAACUGCGCGGGGAGAUGACGGCUGAAGAGCUCCGCGAAGUGUGGGCCGAGCCCCGACGGCAUCCGGGCCAACGGCUCAUAGAGACGACUCUGGCUGCUGCAGCUACUUCAGAGCUGACCUACCAGUAUGGGAGUGCCGGGGGACUGACCAGUCUGGUCGAAAAGCAGCAGGAGCGUCCGACAGCGGGCGGAGAAGAUGAGCUCCAACGCCGCCUCCGUGUGAUAGCCGGUAGCGCGACGGUGUCUGCGGCCGUGCGCAAAAGAUCAGGCAGAGAUGAGGCAGCCGGUGAGGCGCAAGACUAUGGCCGGGACGUUGCCGAGGCUUCUGCCGAAACCAGUGCACGGCUUGCGGCGGCAAGAGCUUCGUGCCCAACGCGCGCACCCGUGCCUAACGCCGACAGCCGGUUUGCCGCGGGACUUCGGGCCGAAGAACCGGUCCGGAAACUCAAGAAGCAGUUGAGGUCGCGGCUCCGAGCAAAGGACCACCGGAAGGGAGUCCAGCUGGGAGAUGCCCAGCGCAGGCUGGCCGCACCGGCCGCCGCGGCUCCAAGGUUAGCAGUCGGGGCCGCGUGGAAUAUAGAUGAUGGAUUAGGUGAACUCACCUACAAGGCAGGAAGUUGGUUAGUCCUCCCGAUGCUAAUGAAUGCGUCGGUUGGGUCAGCGGGUCGCAGUGCACUGGCACAUACGACCGCGACUGCCGGCGUCUUGCGUCGGCUCGCCCCGCUCACCAAGAGAGAAGCGGGAGUAACAAAGAUCGAACAGAUCCUUAAGGAGAAGUCAUGGGACUGUGAUCACUGUGGAAAAGGGAACCUGUCCUUCAGGUUUAAGUGCUAUAAAUGCAGUUAUCCCCGUCCUUCUCAAGAGGAUUCCUCGGAGGAGGAAGUUCGCCAGGAGUCGGAGGCCGUGAGGAAGGCCAACGAAGAGUUUCUGGCUCAGAAAAAGGCGCACAAACUCCGCGGCCACCGCAAGCGAGCCGGGAGGCGCCACAAGAGCGAGGGCCAUAAGAAAAGGGAGAGGGCCGGGUCUGCUGGGUCAGCGGCGGGGCUUGCGUUUCGCAGCCCUCGCGCGACCAGGAGGAAGAGAUCGACCAAGAAGCGCCGGCGCUCUGGUUGGUCUGUGUCGCGGAAGGCUCGCAACAAGAAGGCCCAUGCGGACAAUGGCAAUGGGCUAUCGGCCAACAAGCUAGGGUUGGUCAUAGCCGCCUUUUUGGCCCCGGUUGUGCGAAAGGUUCAGAUUGAGAUAGAAGAAAUUGUGGAGACCAGUUCGGAAGCGUUCCAAGUGGUGAUCGCGGAAGGUGGAGAGGAAGUAGCAUCCUUCGUUGAAACUGGUUUUAGGAUCGGAAAGGUCGUGCUUGCCGUUUUGGCAUGUUGGUGGGUAUCUCGAAAAAUGGCAAAUGCCUGGGUCCAUAUGACCAAUGGCAACUCUAUGGAGCCCCGGCUGCUGAGCUUCGAUGGUACCUCUUCGACCUGGCAAGUGAGAGGAACGAAGAAAGAUCAUAGAGUCCGAGUCAGUGGCAACAGCUCUGGUUGCGCUUGCCGCCAAUACUUGGCCUCUGGGACGUGCGACCAUGUGGCGUCCGCAGUGGCGGCCCAUCGGAAGAUGGUCGGCGCCGGGUCAUCCUCGAGUGCUGCUGCUCGUGGCAUCGCGGCAAUGGGCGGAAGUGAGGAUCGGCCAAGGAAGUCCAUGGGUCUCGGCUUGGGGAGCUGUUUCCAAGGGCUUGUGGAAAAGGCGAAGACCCUGAAGGGCACAGAAGCUCCUCCGCAGACAAAUGCGAUUGAGGACGCCCAAGACUUCAAAAGAAAGGUCAUCAAGGAGUCCCUGAGUUUGGACAGCGGUCGAGGGAGCAACGUGGAUGAGCCAACGACAGCUCUUGAAGCUGGAUCAGUUGCCGUUCCCCGACCUAAGGCCUUGAAGGAUAAGGCUGAGAGCGAUGAUAUGGACCGAUGCAGGGUCAAGUUCCUGCGUGACGCUGAAACCUUUGACUGGCUCGUCCAAGUCUUGGAGUCCGUGGGGAAGGGCGGCCGUGUGCUGGUUCGGGCUUACUCUUUUGAUCAGCCAGAUGUGAUCAAUAGCCUGAAACAAGCAACCGAGAGGGGUUGCCUGACGAUGGUCGUCGCAGAUCGCUCGCAAGCCGCUGGAAAGACCAAGACGCAGCUCCAGAUGCUGAAGGAACUGAGAUCGUCUGGUGUGCGAGUCAGGCUGACGGAAGGACUCAAUGUCAGUCAGGCCUAUGAACGGGACAAUAGGUCCGUGAGGCUGGGGCGCAAAUUGCGCGGCCUACAGCACGGGAAGUCUGCGUAUGUGCAGACCGACCGGGAGGAUCGGCGCUCUCCGGUUCAGUUGGUCGUGGGGAGCUGCAAUCUUACGACCUCAUCGAAGGCCAACUAUGAGGCUGGGGUGGCGCUCGAGAUCUCUCAGGAGAGUGAAACAGCCAAGAAGUGGCUGCGCGCCUUCGAGGAAAUCUAUGAAGGAGGGAUCACGAUCGAAGAUCACGAAGGCGCGGCAUAA